AUGGCCACAAUUGGUUACGGUAACAUCGUUCCGGUGACACCUACCGGCAGGAUUGGUUGCGUCAUCUUUGCAUUGAUAGGAGCUCCCUUGGCUAUUAUUACUAUCGGUGACUUGGGAAAGUUCUUAUCAGAAUGCACCAUCUGGCUGUACAAGCGGAUGAAGCGCGGCUGGGCGUGGAUGCGCCAGGCCCUCCGGCGGGUUCGCGCCAAUGGCAAAGAAGAGUUGGAGCCGUUUCUACCGCGGCUACGGCGUCGCGGCUGCGAGCCAGAUAUUGUCGACGAGGCCGACGAGGUGUCGCAGGCCUCCUCGAAAAGCACGCUCAAUUGGGACACGUUUGUUAUCGACAAGACGGAGGUGCCGGUGCUCCUCGUCUUUGCCAUUCUUCUUCUGUAUAUCGCGUUCGGCGGGUUGCUGUUUAUGUUCCUCGAAGACUGGUCGUACAUGGACGCCUUUUAUUACUCCUUUAUUUCACUCACGACAAUCGGGUUCGGCGACAUCGUGCCGGAAAAUCAUGACUAUAUCGUAGUGAUGCUACUGUACCUCGGCGUCGGGCUGGCCGUGACGACAAUGUGCAUCGACCUUGUCGGCAUCCAGUACAUCCAGAAGAUCCACUACUUCGGCCGCAAGUUCAAGGGCACCGACCUGCUGCAAUUGCUCAAGAGGAAGAGGGCCAUCGAGCGCCACCUCAUGCGCAGCGGUGCUACGAACGAACAGGUGAUGGAGGUGAUGAAGCAUGUUUUGGAUCACAUCCACGAGUCCGAACCACCGCCAAUAUUACUGACGGAUCGCUGGGUGGAGGACGAGCUGAUGAGGAAGAGCCCGCCUAGGACCGAUUUUCCUACUGUAGAACGGGUACCCUCACCGACGAUUAUGUCAAUACGAAGGAUGUGGCAACGACUGAGGUCCCGCGGCGAAUCCUGGGACGAGAGUGGCCCUUCGGUCUCUGAUCACUGCUCCCUCUCCACCGAGCCAUCUGUGCACCUACGCGUGAACUACUGGGACGAGUAUAGGUCACCACAGCCAUCGCUUCUCGACUUCCAGUUCGACUUCCCGGCGCCUAGUCCGGAUUAUGAACAGAUCGUCGGACCUCCCGUGUGUGCCCUCCCUUAUGUCGCAUUUCGCGUGCUGCAGUGUGAGCUGUUGGAACGAUGGGAGAGUGAGCAGCAGCUGAUCGGCUUCCAGUCGCCGAGGAAGCCCAUGUUCCACGUCGACGAGGAGGAGAUCCCCGCCAGUCCGUCCUAUCCGCUUACCCCGCCAAAAGCGGUAUCCCCUCCUGCCGUGUCAAGGGAUCCUGACAUUCCCCGGCUUCCGCUUCACCUCGUCAGCCCUCCCCUCUCCGCCAACCGUACGCUAUUCCCGAUCCCGGAAUCGAGGCGCAGCUCCAUCGCCCCGACCCCGUCACCCGAGCCGGUGCUCAAGAAAAAGAAACGAGCCCGGCAGCUGAAGAAGCUGGACCCGCUGACGACGAUGGGGUGGCUGAACAUCUCGCCGAGGAAUCGACAAUUGCUUGAGGCUGUUAAGAGUGAUUUGCCGACGCUGUUUGACGCUGUCCGUCGCGAAUCGUCCGCUUCUGCCGCCUCCUCUGUCGUGCUUGUCAGCCCGCAGAAUCCGAUCGGGCUGGCCUGUAUGGAAGAAUGGGAUUCGUACAUUCGAAUGUUGGACGAGUGCCAGCGCCCAUUCACCCGGCGAAUUUUUGAAAAAGCCGCAAAACGCGAGCUCCAUCCCGAGCCGUCGGAACGAACGGAAGAAUGGAGACAACCGGAAACGAUAGCCGAGAUGGUGAACGAAGUAGUGGCCCAAAAUAUGGCCCGGGAGGCAGGAGUGUCGCGCACGAUGCAACGGGUACAGCCCCGCCCACCUCCGAGGUUGAGGGUCACGAUGGAGUGCGAGGUGGCCGAAAAGGCGCUCCCCGUCCCGUCGACCUCGAUUGACGAGCCCGUAAAUCCAUUCCACGCUGACCCUCUUGUCAACGAGGUGCAAACGAUGAGCCCCGAACGGCUUGUCGACGUCUGGGAAGAAGAGGAAGACAUCGACCUCGACGAUCCCACCCAAAAUUACGACGAUGAAUUGUCGACGCCCGAAGAUCCGAGCCCCAGGUCGGUGGAGGAGCCCCCUUCCACCACUGGAAAAACCAGCCCUGAAGCGCAGAAAUUGAACACACCACCUCCGGUUGAACCGACGCCGAGUUUGAUGACUGUUCCGGAAGAAGAAGAAGGCAUGGAGGAUGAACCGGAAGCGGAGCAGGAAGAGGAGCACGAGCCGAUUGCGCUGAGCCCGAGCCGGCCGGAGUCGUCUUCAUCUUCUGAAGGCCCGCCACCAUUUGAGAUCGAUCUCGGGGCAUUCGAGUUGGUGGAUUCUGGGUUGACGGCUGAGACGAUAUUGUCGAAUGAGGAUCCGGUGAUAUUUCAUAAGGAACUCCCCGUCCACUCGGUCCACCACGAUACCGUACAAACUGAGGCCGCCCUCGAGAACCUAAUGGCGGCGCCGGAGCGGAUGCUCAGUGGUAUGGUUCCGCCGGCGAUGGUUGACGACAACUACUGUUUUGUAGUGGAUGGGGAUAAAAUCCGCAUGGGUGACAUCAUGGGAGAUGACCAAUGGUGGCGCCACACCUCUCGUCCCACCAAAUACUUCUAUUCCGACGACCUCAAGAAGUUCCACCGUGUCAACUGCAUCACCGCUAAGGGCAAGGUGAUAUCGGCUGUUUUGGCCUCGGGUAGCAUGUCGCUCGAUCGGGCUAUGCAAAGCCCGUCAAUGUCAUCAACGCCGAGGAGUUCAGUCAGCGGGGCCAGCUCCAGGACUACUGGCCAUAGCCGGGCCGAUCAGGUGCCACUCGAGCAUGUCUACAAGGUGAUACGAUUCUAUUCUUUCUGGAAGACGUGCACAUCAUUUCAUCGGAUUGUGACGAUGAUUGAUAAGGUGAUCGGCGGCGAGGGCUCACCGCAUCCGGAAUUCAAAAAGCGCCUUUUCGUGCAGUACCUAUGGCGAAACGCAAAGCCAGUGGACAAGGCACGCGUGCAACGCGAGUUCGACCCCCGCCGGCAACGGCUUCUCCGUUUCGUCACCGAUCCACAGGCCAAAAAAGCGAUGCCCGGCGGAUCGGCCGCCCCUCCAUUA